UCUGCGAAAUACACCCCCACAGCCUUGAGUCGCUGGUCAAUCCUCAGCAAACAGCUGCCGCCUGUCAACCAGAUCAAGACCAUCCACGUCUACGACUUCGACAACACCCUGUUCAAGACCCCCCUCCCCAACUCGAAGCUCUGGAAAGGGUCGACGCUCGGCCAGCUCGGCAGCCCCGAAAUCUUCGUCAAUGGCGGUUGGUGGCACGACUCCCGUAUCCUAGCUGCGACCGGCGAUGGCGUCGAGCGCGAGGAAGUCCGCGGAUGGGACGGCUGGUGGAAUGAGAACAUUGUCAAGCUGGUCCAGCUGAGCAUGGAGCAGAAGGAUGCGUUGGCCGUGCUGCUGACGGGACGCGCCGAGCGCGGCUUUUCCGAGCUGAUCAAGCGCAUUGUCAAGAGCAAAGGACUGGAAUUCGACAUGAUCGGACUCAAGCCCGCUGUUGGGCCCAAUCAGGAGCGCUUCACUACCACGAUGCAGUUCAAGCAAAUAUUUCUCGAGACGAUGAUGGAGACAUACAAGCACGCCGAAGAGAUCCGCAUUUACGAGGACCGACCUCGACACGUUGCCGGAUUUCGAACAUUUAUGACCGACUACAAUAAGCGACAGGAGGGCUACGGCGGGCAAAAGACGCGUGGGCCCAUCAAGGCCGAGGUCAUCCAGGUCGCCGACAUCAGCACCACGCUUGAUCCCGUAGUCGAGGUCGCUGAAAUCCAGCAUCUGAUCAAUAAUCACAACGCGCUUUUGGCUCGAGGCGAAGGGGCACGGCGCGCCAGAGAUACUGGACGUCUAAUCAUCAAGAAAACAGUCUUCUUCACCAGCUACAUGAUCGAUCCUGUCGAUUCCAAGCGUCUACUCAGCCUAGCGCAGAUUCCCCAAAACCUACCCGAGGCGGAUCUCAAGUUCCAUGCAAACAACAUCAUGAUUUGCCCCCGACCUUGUCCCCAAAGCAUUCUCGAGAAGGUAGGCGGUAUGAACGCCAGGCUCAAGUGGGAGGUGACGGGUACGGCGUGCUUCGAGAAUAGUAUAUGGGCCGCCUCUGUGAAGCCCAUCCCGCCCACCGCCAAGUAUCACACUGAUAAUCCUAGUCCUCUGGUGGUUUUGGCACUUCGCAAAGGAGCAAGGCCCAUGGAUGCCGGUCGCAUUCAGAACUGGCAGCCCGUACCGCCCGACAAGGCCUACGUCUUUGAGACAGUCGUCGGCGAGAAGGUGCUCCUGCGCAUUGAGCCCGAGGACCCUAGUGAGAAUGAGUAUGAGAGCCUAUUUGCCAACAAGGCCGCUAAGCGCAAACACACCGGCGACGAGGGCGGUCGCUCUCAUAACAACUCCUACAAUGGCCGCAACUUCCACUCUGGAAACCAUGGAAACCACUCCGGCGGCGGGCGCGGCGGCAACCGCGGAGGGUACAGAGGUAACAACACGCCGAACCGAGGAUACCGUACCGGUGUGCGGGGCGGUGGCCAUAAGGGGCCCGCCCGCGGCGGCAAAGGUGGAUACCGGUCUCUCGACGACGUCGGGGCGCAGAAU